GCAGAGAGUUCCAGACUCCUCCUCAGUUUGGUGAUGGGCAAAGGCUCCCGGGCCCGCAGGGCGAUGUGGGAAUCCUUUCUGACUUUGAGGACUGAGUUACCGAAGUUGGACAGAAUACUGAGGCAAAUACAGGAGCGAGGUCCUGAUCCACAGGAAUACAUGAACAUUGCCCAAGGGUUAUUUGAGUUACCCACUCAAUUGAUAGGACCUGAUUGCACCGACGCGAUGAUAUUAUCUAUUUGGGUCGCAUCCAUAAACUUUUUCAUUGUAUCUUGAUGUUCAACAGAAACACAUGGAGACUCUGCGGGCACAAACUGAAACUCUGAGAGUGAACACGAUCCUGAUGAGGGAGAAGGUGAAGGUUUUCCAGCUGGUUGAUCGAUACGCUGAGCUCACGGUCAUUUCUACUGUUCGAGAUCGGAGACUGGUUGAACAUGAACUGAUGGCAAGAGGCAGAGACCACGAGAAGUGUAGAGAGAAACAUCUCCGCGGAGAGCUGGAAAAAAUCCGGAUUGAUCAGUUGUUCCAGAGCAGCUUUUCCCGGAGUAAUACCAAGCCUGCAUGUUCGGCAGCAGUGACCGGAGUCGCAGGUAUCGGGAAAACAACAAUGGUACAAAAGAUUGUUUACGACUGGGCCACUGGGAAAAUAUACCAACAGUUCCAGUUUGUAUUUAGUUUCAAAUUUCGGGUUUUAAACACCAUUAACUGCAGAAUAAACCUGAAGGAACUGAUUCUGCAUCAAUAUCCUUACUUUGGGAAUAUCCUGAGAGAGGUCUGGAAGAAUCCACAGGGACUGCUGUUUAUAUUCGAUGGUUUGGACGAAUUCAAUGAAAAAAUUGAUUUUGCUGACAGUCGGGGAGACACAGAACCUCAGUUCACAUGCACAGAUCCUGAAUACAAGUGCAAGGUGUCUGAAAUUGUGUACAGUUUAAUCCAGGGCAAGCUGCUCCCGGGGUGUUCAGUGCUGGUGACCACCCGUCCCACGGCGUUAGAUUUAUUGGAAAAGGCGAAGAUCAGUGUCUGGGCUGAAAUCCUGGGAUUUGUUGGUGAGGAACGGAAGGAAUAUUUCGUCAGACAUUUUGAAGAUCAGACGGUGGCGGAAGCUGUUUUCAAACACGUGAAGGAGAACGAGAUCCUGUACACCAUGAGCUACAACCCCUCCUACUGCUGGAUCCUCGCUCUGGCACUGGGCCCUUUCUUCACACAAAGAUUCAGGGAACCACAGCGAAUUCCCAAGACCAUCACCCAACUGUACUCCUACUAUAUUUACAACAUCCUGAAAAACCACGGCCGUGAGAUUGAGAACCCCCGUGAUGUGUUUUACAGGGUUGGUCAGAUGGCCUUCAGUGGACUGUCCGAGAAGAAGAUUGUGUUUACAGAUGGAGAUUUGAUCAAGUACGAUCUGCAGCCUUCCCAGUUCCUGUCCGGGUUCCUGAUGGAGCUUUUAGAGAGAGAGGAUUCCGCUUGGAGCGUGCUGUACACAUUCCCACACCUCACCAUCCAAGAGUUUGUAGCUGCAGUCGCCCAAUACCUGAAUCCACAUCCCGGGGAUAUCCUGAUAUUCCUCACUGAAGCCUACAGCAUUUCAGAUGGGCAAUUUGAGGUAUUUCUCCGUUUUCUUGCUGGUCUCUCCAACCCAAUGACAGCUCGAAGCCUGGAGGAGUUUCUGGGUCCAUUUCCUCAUCAAACAACCUGCCGGGUGAUUGACUGGGUGAAGGAGGAGGUUAAACGCCGGAUUGGAAACACUGGGACUGAAGCUCGUAAAAGGAGCCUCCUGAACACAUUGCACUACCUGUUUGAGUCUCAGAAUCGUGGACUGGCUCAGGCCACACUGGGAUCUGUGGAAACGCUUUCAUUCAGUGGAAUGACACUGAACCCGAUUGACUGUGCGGUCCUGUCUCAUGCCAUCGGAUUCUGUGACACAAUAAAGGUACUCGACCUGGACAGCUGCCACAUUCAGUGUGAAGGAAUCCAGCCGCUGGGGCCAGGGCUGCACAAGUGCCGGAAGCUGAGACUCUGUUAUAACAAACUGGAAGAUUCAGGAGUGAAACUGGUGUCUGAGUCUCUGAGGAACCCGCAGUGUAAAAUACAGAAACUGUGGCUGUGGGAAGUCGGUCUCACAGAUUCUGGUGCCGAGGAUCUCGCUUCCGCUCUCAGUACUAACCCAUCACUGACAGAGCUGGACCUGAGUCAUAAUCAACUGGGAGAUUCAGGAGUGAAACUGGUGUCUGCGGCUCUGAGGAACCCGGAGUGUAAAAUACAGAUACUGCGGCUGUGGAGUGUCGGUCUCACGGAUUCUGGUGCCGAGGAUCUCGUCUCCGCUCUCAGAACAAACCCAUCACUGAUGGAGCUGGACCUGGUAUUCAACUCGCUGACAGACCGAUCUGUCCCCGCUCUCCGCCACCUCAUACUGACCCUCCCGAGUCUGGAGCGGAUCUGGCUGGGGGAGAAUCGGUUCAGUCGGACUGGCGAGAAGGAACUGAGAUCUUUGCAGGAACCCAGACCCGGACUGAGAGUGGACUGUAAACAUCCGCGCCCGCGGGAUGGGGACAUUUUGGCUGAUUCCCCGCACUCCCCUUUAACUCCCCCUCCCCUUUAACUACCGCCUUUACCUGUAAUGGCCGCGCGCCGGGGGUAAUUCCCAACGGUUUUAAUGGAACCGACUCCAGUCCAGAGCUCAGUGUCAUCGGAAGCCAUCCCGCAUUGACGUAUUUCCGCCUGCUGUUCUGCGGCGCAGAUUCCGCCGGAUGUGCGGGGUCGAAACUCCCCCACCUGAGACCCCGGGGACUUACACAGACAGAAAAAGCCCGUAUUCCGGGCCUCAAUCCGGGACUCCGGUGUCCCGGGGUGGGAUUAUCCCGGGAGAGAAUCCCUUUACUCCCUUUGCUGAGAACGAUGAAUUCGCAGUCUGGCAGAUAUAAUGAUGUUAAAUGGACAAAUCCCUCGGCAGUGACCCUGAAUCUGCAGCGAUCUCGAAUACGGCCCUAAAUUGUGAUUUUAUUAUCAUCGGUACCCCGAUACAGAGUGACGCUAAAAGACGGGACUGAAUACUUAACCUGUCACUCGUUGUCGCCGGUCAGUUAAUUGUGUGUGACUGUGAGUGAGUCGGGAGUAGCUUAUUUAUUCCCGCACAUCAGCAGCUCACACAUUGUUUAAUUUACAUUUUUCAUGAUGAAGUCAAUA